AUGUGGAUAACAAGAAAAUUAGUGACAUCAACGAAAAGUAGUCGAUUUAAUUUAUUACGUGGUGGAUUCAACACUCAUUUUACUACUACUACAAAUGGUGGACGUGCAAAUGAGAUUAUUGAGGCUGUUCUUUAUGGUUCAAAACGAAUUAAAGAAAUCGAAAAUCAAACGCAUUCAAAGAUGCUUGCAAGAGGCAAAUAUGUACAUGAGCUUCAGAUUCAUAAAGUCAAACCUGACAAGACAGAAGAAUACAUAAAAUUAGUUUCAAAUCAUCUUCCUAAAAUAGCCAAUGAUCCAUUAAACGACGUUCAUCUUUGUGGAAGUUGGUCAGUUGAAAUAGGUGAUCAAGACUCAUUUGUCCACAUUUGGGAGUAUAAAGGUUAUCCGGGCCAUAAACAAACAUCAGAGAGACUAGAAAUGAAUAAAGAUCAUAUCGAGUUUAUGAAACAACUUCGUCCUUUAUUAAUUUCUCGACAAAAUGGUAUCAUGUUAGAGUUUAGUUUUUGGCAAACAUCACCUCCUAAAAUUACAAAUGGCAUUUUUGAACUUCGAAAAUAUAAUCUCAAGCCUGGAAGAUUAUUAGAAUGGGAAAUGCAUUGGAGAAAAGGUCUUGAAUGUCGUAGUCAAUUUUGCGAGCCUGUAGGUGCUUGGUUCACUCAAUUAGGUAAACUGAAUACGGUUUAUCAUAUGUGGACUUAUCCUGAUUUACAAAAUCGAAAAACGACUCGAGAAGCAGCAUGGAAUACGGAUGGAUGGGCUGAGACGGUUUAUAAUACGGUUCGUUUAGUAGACGAUAUGAGUUCAUUCAUUAUGAAACCAUUGCCUUAUAGUCCAUUAAGAUAA